AUGAACGGUGAAACAGAGAAGAAGAGAGAUAUAAAGAACCACCUGCUUUUUGAAGUUGCAACGGAGGUUGCUAAUCGAGUGGGUGGCAUCUACUCAGUGCUCAAGUCCAAAGCUCCUGUGACAACGGCAGAAUAUGGAGAGAGAUAUACGCUCAUUGGCCCUCUGAACAAGAACUCGGCCGCAGUCGAAGUUGAAACUCUUGAUCCCCCGCCGGGCCCUCUUCGAGAAACCAUUUCAUCCAUGCAAGAACGUGGCAUUGAGCUUAUGUACGGUCGGUGGCUGAUCGAGGGCGCACCAAGGGUGCUCCUUAUCAAUACUGGAACUGGUUACCGAUGGCUGGAUGAAUGGAAGGGCGACCUAUGGGCUGCAGCUGGCAUCCCUUCCCCGGCGGGGGAUCACGAAACGAACGAAGCCAUCGUGUUUGGAUAUCUGGUCGCAUGGUUCCUGGGCGAAUUUAUCGCUCGCGAGACCGAUCGCGCAGUCAUCGCCCACUUCCACGAAUGGCUCUCUGGAGUGGCUCUCCCAUUGACCAAGAAGCGCCAGAUGGACUUGACCACCAUCUUCACAACACACGCAACCCUCCUUGGUCGGUACCUCUGCGCUGGCUCUGUCGACUUUUACAAUAAUCUGCAAUAUUUCGAUGUGGAUGCAGAGGCAGGAAAACGUGGGAUUUACCACCGCUAUUGCAUCGAACGAGCAUCCGCUCACUCCGCCGAUGUCUUCACAACCGUUUCCCACAUCACCGCCUUCGAAAGCGAGCACCUGCUGAAGCGGAAACCUGACGGGGUCCUUCCCAAUGGCCUGAACGUCAAGAAGUUCUCCGCGGUACAUGAAUUCCAAAACCUUCAUUCCGUACAGAAAGAAAAGAUCCACGAAUUCGUCCGGGGACACUUCUAUGGUCGUUUGGACUUCGACCUGGACAACACGCUCUACUACUUUACUGCCGGCAGAUAUGAAUACCGGAACAAAGGUGUGGAUAUGUUCAUUGAGUCGUUGGCUAGAUUGAAUUUUCGCAUGCAAAACUCGGGCAGCAAGAUCACCAUUGUCGCAUUUUUGAUCAUGCCCGCACAAACGACAUCUCUGUCGGUCGAGUCGCUCAAGGGUCAGGCUGUGACAAAGUCUCUGGCCGACACCGUUUCCAACAUUCAGCAUGGUAUCGGUCGAAGGUUAUUCGAAAGGGCUGUGCACUGGAAGGAAGGAGAUCCUAUGCCGGACGACAAGGAGCUCAUCACUCCAGCCGAUCGGGUCAUGCUUAGACGGCGACUCUUUGCCAUGAAACGUCACGGUCUUCCGCCCAUUGUCACCCACAAUAUGGUCAAUGAUUCCGAGGAUCCUGUCCUCAAUCAAUUGCGACGCGUUCAACUCUUCAACAACACCCACGACCGUGUCAAAGUCAUCUUCCACCCCGAGUUCUUGAACUCGGCGAACCCAGUAUUGUCUCUGGACUAUGAUGACUUUGUGCGAGGUACCCACCUUGGUGUCUUUGCUUCCUAUUACGAGCCCUGGGGGUAUACACCCGCUGAAUGCACAGUCAUGGGUGUGCCGUCCAUCACCACUAACCUGUCCGGCUUCGGUUGUUAUAUGGAGGAGCUCAUCGAGAACUCCUCUGACUACGGGAUCUAUAUUGUGGACCGUCGAACAAAGGGUGUGGACGAGUCAGUCAACCAACUAACCGACUACAUGUACGAAUUCGCCAACAAAUCCCGGAGGCAACGCAUCAAUCAACGAAAUCGCACCGAGCGACUCAGCGAUCUUCUAGACUGGAAGCGCAUGGGCAUGGAAUAUGUCAAGGCUCGGCAGCUUGCCUUGCGCCGCGCUUAUCCUGCUUCCUUCACUGACGCGGAUGAGUUCGACGAUAUCAUUGGAGGUACCGAACAGAAGAUCUCUAGACCGCUCUCAGUGCCCGGAUCGCCCCGAGAUCGAACCGGUAUGAUGACUCCGGGUGAUUUUGCUUCAUUACAAGAGGGCAAAGAGGGUCUAAGCACGGAGGAUUACAUUGCAUGGAGGUUACCUGAGGAAGAGGAACCCGAUGACUAUCCGUUCCCGCUUCACCUGAAGAAGGGUUCAGGUCCGAACUCUCCGGCACCACUUGUCGGGCCCGUAAAUGGUCAGUAA